AUGCCGUCGAAUAUCCAGGUCUUCGUGAAAUGGAAGGACCAAACGAUCUUUGCAGGGGAGAAUGUGGAAUGCACUAUUACAUUCAAGAACGUGGCAGAGACCAGGCCCGAUGUCAACGCUAGUGAGGGCCAGCACCAGCGCAAGGCGUCUCGAGUCGCCAACCAUUCCAGCAAUAAUAAUUCCGACUCCUUCUUUGGUUUCAAAUCACCCCAGAGGCUUUUCUCGGAUCGACGGUCUUUUUCCAUCGGCUCUCCAAGGAGACCGGCUGCCCACCGCACCGCUUCGUCCCUGAGCUCCCCACUUGUUACUUCUCAGAGCUUCCCGCCUGCCGGCAACCCCUCCUCCACGCCCCGAAGCUGGCAGCCCGGCCACAGCGGUAAACGAUCUGUAUCGAUUCUUUCAAUUGAUAGUGAAGGCCAGCCUGAAAAAUCGCUGUCGCCGCACUUGACUCGAGGCAAGCCUGCUAGGGGUCAUGGGCGCUCAACCAGUCUCCAAAUUUCCCCCCGGAGGAAUGAUAGCUAUGAUGAUUCAUACAGGAAAGCAGCCAGGGCUCCAAUGCGUGGUCUGCCACUGAGAGAAUCAGACGAAUCCGCCCCCGGAAACCUACGAGUUGACACCAAUAAUGUGGGGACCACAAGCCGUCCUGGAUCCAUUGCAGAAAGUCCUGUAAAUUCGGUCGAACCAUUGCGCCCUGCACGAAGACCUCAACUACCUUCCUUUGACUUCAAAUUUCCGCCUGCUCCUCAAAAUGACACCAAUCGCCCCGCCGCAACCCCCCUCACCCAAAUCCGAAAGACUCCCCUCGCCAGGGAAAGCCCCAGGCAGAGAUCCAUCGGUACUGGGACCGCCAUCACAUCAGCAGGUCACACGAAUUAUAUCGGCCACCAGUGUGAAUGGAAGCAGUCGAAGCAGUGUGUCGUGCCCUCAUCAGCAAAGCCCGCAGACAGCCAGGCGCUGCUGAUGGGCUAUGCCCAGAUCAGUGCAUCAUUUACAGUCGACGGUUCAUUGGUCAAUCAGUCAGUAUUUGACGAAGUCAAGCGCAAAGGAGUAGUUGGCGGCCAAACAGGCACUGGUGGACUCCCGGGGCGACCAAGCUCCGCCAGCACUGAACGUGCUCGCAAAGGGGGCGGUGGCUUUUGGGGUGCGCUCAAGUGGAACGCCAUUGAGGAGUCUAUAAACGGUUUCCUGUCAAACAAUGAACUUGAUGGUCUCCGAGACAUGCGUGGAGUUGCUUCGUCACGCUCCAUUCCGCUCCUUUCUACUCCACAAUCGCUUCUUUUCGUCGACCUGCGACUGGCACCAGGAGAGGAACAGUCGUAUUCCUUCUCUUUUUCUCUUCCCAGAGGACUCCCGGCGAGUCACAAGGGGAAAGCCAUCAAGAUAUCUUACAAUCUCGUCAUUGGAACUCAGCGACCUAGUGCGCCCAACGACACUCAACGAGUCAACCGCAUCAACAUCCCGUUCCGUGUAUAUAGCGGAGUAAAUGAGAAGGGAGAUGUUUUGGGUCAUGAUCUGAUGUCUCCAUAUGUGCUUUUGCGUGACGAAGCCAAAGUCCAAAAAGUCGCACCUAACGCUCCGGUGGCCCCAAAGCCUCAGAGUCUAAGUGGACUAUGGAAUUCAGCUGGGGACUUUAUCUCCUAUGUCGAUGAGAUUCUUGAACAGCGUGCACGCUCAAAUUCACUUUUCCCACCGGGUGCUCUUCCAGAGCGCCGAGCAAGCUAUGACGGACCUUCCCAGCCGCUGUCCUGCAAAGACAUCAUUGACAUGGCAAUUCUCCGCAGUAACCAAACUGCUCAAUCAUCGCGGCGCAGUCCCAACAGGUUCGAGAUUGCCCGCGAUGGCAAACGCAUCGCAGUGGUUGUCUUGAACCGUCCCGUACAUCGAAUUGGCGAAACCAUCAUUGCUACCGUGGAUUUUGGUAAUGCUUCUAUCCCAUGUUAUGCUGUGCGAGCUUCAUUGGAAACAUCUGAAAAGGUCGUGCCUACUCUGGCUGUUCGAUCAAACGCCAGUAUCCACCGAACUACCCGUCGCAUCCAUGCAUCCCUGUUUGAAAAUACGCUUUAUGCCACCCGUGUGGUUUUCAGUCCUGCCAUUCCUAUUACUGCCACGCCGACUAUUCUCACCAGCGGCGUGACCCUUGAUUGGGACAUACGCUUCGAGUUUGUGACACCGAAUACAAUUAACGAGCAUGGUCAUGGGCCCUCCGGUGUCCAAUUGCUUGAAUCUAUAUCUUGCGACGAUCGUGGUAAAGUCCUUUCUGCUUUGGAGCAUUUGGGCUGUGAAUCAUUUGAAAUUUCAAUCCCGUUGACUGUCUACGGUGAAAGUGUCCGGGAACCAUUGCCAGAAGAGAACAACGGAUAUGCUAUUUGA